AUGGCUCACCCUCAAGAUGAGGCCCAGCAUCUCUCCCUCACCGAUUCCGAGACCUUCUGGGGUCAUCAAGCUGAACAGCUUCACUGGCACAAGAAGCCUUCUGCGGUCCUGAAGCGUACGACUAAGAAUCUGAAAUCAGGUACCUCUCACAACCAUUGGGAAUGGUUUCCCGAUGGCGAGUUAUCUACCUGCUACAACUGCAUUGACCGUCAUGUCUUAGCCGGACGUGGAGAUCAGCCCGCCAUCCUCUAUGACAGUCCAGUCACGAACACCAAGCAGCGCUUGACCUACAAGCAGCUCCUUAACGAGGUCGAGACGUUUGCCGGGGUUCUGCGGGAGGAGGGCGUCAAGAAGGGGGAUGUUGUUCUCGUUUACAUGCCGAUGGUGCCCGCCGCUUUGAUUGGUAUCCUCGCCGUUAACCGUUUAGGUGCCAUCCACGCUGUUGUCUUCGGUGGCUUUGCUUCUACCGCUCUAGCUCAACGCAUCGAAGCUUCACGUCCCGUCGCCAUCUUGACCGCUUCUUGUGGUAUCGAAGGUAGCAAAGGGCCUGUCAGCUACCGCGCCUAUAUUGAAGAAGCUAUUAGCAUCUCAUCCUUCAAACCACCCAAGACCAUUAUCUGGCAGCGUGAGCAGCUAGUGUGGCGCCCGAUCAAGAAGACUGAAGGCGAGCGGGAUUGGCAGAAGCUGGUUAAGAGCGCCCGGGCGAGAAACGUCAAGGCCGAAUGUGUGCCUGUGAGGUCGGCUGAUCCCAUCUAUAUCAUCUACACCAGUGGAACCACAGGUCUGCCUAAAGGUGUUGUGCGCGAUAGCGGCGGUCAUGCUGUAGGGCUACAUAUGUCCAUUUCAUAUUUGUUCGGCAUACAUGGACCGGGUGACGUGAUGGGCUGUUUCAGUGACAUAGGCUGGGUAGUCUCCCACAGCUACACACUCUAUGGUCCUCUUCUUACUGGCGCUGCCACGGUUCUCUAUGAAGGCAAGCCAGUCGGGACACCUGAUGUCUCAGCCUUCUGGAGACUAGCCGAGGAAUACAAGAUCAACACCAUGUUUACCGCACCAACGGCACUCCGAGCCAUCCGAAAGGAAGACCCUGACAACGUCUUUAUCACCGAGGUUGGCAAACGGGGUGGGCUCAAGAGCCUCAAAGCCCUCUUUCUUGCUGGAGAACGGUCCGAGCCAGCUAUCAUCACCAUGUACCAGGACCUGCUCAAGCGAUAUGGCGCGGCAGGCUCCCAAGUCGUUGAUAACUGGUGGUCGUCAGAGUCCGGCUCGCCGAUCUCGGGUGUUGCGUUGGUUCCGCACGCAGGCAAGAACAGGACUACGAAUGUGAAGGAUCAUCCGCCACUCGCUAUUAAGCCUGGGAGCGCUGGAAAGGCCAUGCCUGGGUUUGAUGUCAGAGUUGUGGAUGACGAAGGGAACGAGGUCCCCAGGGGAAACAUGGGAAACAUUGUUCUAAGCCUGCCAUUGGCACCUACUGCGUUUCGGACUCUUUGGGAGGAUGAAGAACGAUUCUGGAAGAGCUACAUGCUGCGCUUCAAUGGCAAGUGGGUAGACACUGGCGAUGCCGGCUACAUUGAUGAAAAGGGCUACAUUCACAUCAUGGCGCGGACUGAUGACAUUAUCAACGUUGCCGCUCAUCGCACGCUCGAGCAAGCAGUCACCAGCCACCCCCUCGUCACCGAAGCAUGCGUAGUUAGCAUCCCCGACGCCCUCAAGGGUCAGCUCCCCUUCGCCUUCGUCAGCACCUCGGACGGAGGCGGUGAUAACGCCAAGUCCGAUGAGCAGCUGUUCCAGGAAAUCCAAAAGCUUGUCCGCACCCAGGUUGGCGCCAUCGCCUCGCUGGGCGGGAUGAUUCGGGGCAAGGGCAUGAUCCCCAAGACGCGCUCGGGCAAGACUUUGAGGAGAGUCUUGCGCGAGCUGCUGGAAAACGCGGUCCAUGACGAGUUCGAUAAGCAGGUCAACAUCCCCUCGACAGUGGAGGAUCCGAGCGUGGUGGAUGUGGCGAGAGAGAAGGUUAGGGAGUAUUGGCAUGAGAAGGGCGGGUUGCAUGCAGCUAUCGAGGCUAGGGCGAAGCUCUGA